UCACAAUGAUCCAUCAUCGCCAUUCUCAUUUUGGAAACGACGAUCAUGAUGACUAGUCCGUUGGAUAAGAUUGCUUCUUAUCUUUGUUCUCAUCAACCUUUUGCUUUACAAAAGAGAGUCGUUGAACUUGUUCAUUUGUUACAACAGGAUCCCAAUCGCAUCUCUUCCUACAUAAUACUGUAUGGAAUACCUGAAGUUGCUGGUUUACGUGCUCUAGUAUGGAGUUGUUGCAUUCGACAUUGGUUGGCUUUCCAUCGGACGGACUCUUACUGGGAUGGGGUUGCCCUAUAUUGUCGAUAUCCAACAGAACAGUUGUGGAAGGAUGAUAGUUGCUCCGAAACCGUGGACCAUCCCCUUAACCCUUCUCAAGACAGUAUAUGGCAACAAUACUUUUCCGAUCAACGUUUGAUGGAUAGAAUUCGUAUGGAUACUAGUCGAACGCAUCCCGAUUGGCAUCUUUUCCGCCAACGAGAGCCUUCUAUGAUUCGUAUGUUGUUUCUUUUUGCCAAACAACAUCCAGAAUUGGGUUAUAUUCAAGGAAUGAAUGAAUUGGUUGCACCUUUUGUGUAUGUAUAUUUAUGGGAUGGUAGUUUGGUUUGGGAUGAGAAAGAAGGAGAAGCAGAAGCUUUUAUAGCGUUUGAUAGUUUCUUUUGUUCUUUUGUAGCGUCAUUGUAUCAGAAUAUUUCCUAUUUACAAGAAGCAUUGGUUCAAGCAGAACUUCUUUUGAAGCAAUGGGAUUCUCUUUUAUGGCAACAUUUGAAACGGCAUCAAGUUGAUUGGUCCUUAUUUGCUAGAAGAUGGUUACAGUUGUGUCUUUGUAGAGAGUUUGAGUUACCUGAGUUGUUAAAGAUAUGGGAUGUUUUAUUAAGUAUUCCUAAUCAUUCAUCAUUACGUUGGACGUGGUUGAUAAGGUUUAUCGUAGUGAUGGUUCUCCAUUGUAAGUAAGUACAAAGUAUCCAAUGGAUAAAGAGAGAGAGUUAUAU